AUGGCCACCUCGUCACCACCCCUAAAAGACGAGCUCGACAUCGUGAUACCCACAAUCCGUAAACUCGACUUUCUCGAGAUGUGGGGCCCUUCUAACAACCCUAGCUACUACCUCAUCAUCGUCCAAGACGGCGAGCCGACCAAGACCAUCAAUGUCCCAGAUAGCUUCGACUAUGAACUCUACAACCGUAACGAUAUCAACAAAAUCCUCGGCCUCAAAGCUUCUUGCAUCUCCUUCAAGGACUCCGCUUGCCGGUGCUUUGGCUACAUGGUCUCUAAGAACAGCAGUACAUCUUCACCAUUGACGAAUGACGAUGAUUGCUUCGUCGCCAAGGACCCCGGGAAACAAAUCAAUGCCCUCGAACAACACAUCAAGAACUUGCUAUGCCCGUCGACCCCGCUUCGACCCGCUUUUCUUCAACACGCUCUACGACCCUUUUCGGGAGGGAGCCGAUUUCGUGCGCGGCUUGUCAAGCCCCUCGAGCGAAACACAAGGUAUGUCGAUGAGGUGUUGAGAAUUCCGAAGGGCACUCUCUUCCCCAUGUGCGGUAUGAAUCUAGCGUUCGACUGA